AACAGGAUAUCGAAGUGAACGGUUCGCAAAUCGCACACGCCAAUGUGUCAAAGGGCAAGUGCAAGUGUGAGUGAAUGAGUACAUAGGCUUUAGGAACACAACAAAGCAACUGAAAAGCAAAUAACGGUGAAGUGAACGACAAAACAUAUGUAGUGCAAGCUCGCUCGCCCCGCGAGACGCGUCACAACCGCAGACACUUUGUUAAGCGUUGAUGAUUAUUAAAACCUUUCGCAACCAAACCGAACCGAACGAAAAGCCGUUAUUGAAAACAGUUGAAAAAAGUUUCAACAAAAAGUGAAAGCUCAUCGCCACCGCAUUGACGCGACACAGCCAAUUUCACUGGCAUUAACACGUUGGAGGGACAGCACGCAGGAGGCUGACAACGCGCGGCAUGAAAACAAAAACAACAAAAUUGAAAAAAUAAAAAAAAUAAAAUAAAGCGAAAGACUUUAAAGUAAAUAAAUACAUCAGCAAUACACAUACAUACAUAUUCCCCAGAAUAGCCACACAUGUGUAAAGAGGUGUGAAGACAAUGUAGCGGCGCUGGUGGAAACACUUCGCAGGUGAACAAUAAAUGUCAAGUGCGCUCACACACAUACAUACUCGUACAUGCAUAACAUGAGCUUGCAGUUGAGUUGGUGGGUCCAUAGUGAAACACCUAAAGUGAGCUGGAGAAGACUAGAGCAAGCGUAGGUGACAAGUGAUGCAGCGCUUGGUAGUGUAACGGUGCCAGAGGAUAUCAGCGAGAGACAGCGAUUUGGUUAACAGAUCAAGCAGUACGCAGCUGAUUUUUGCUGGCGUUUAAUUAAAAACGGAUAAUCAGUAUUUGACGACGUCGACAAGUGACUUAUUUGCAGAUUUUGCCGUCGACAGUUACAGGCACCCCAAGCUGCUGUUGCUGAGUAGGAGGGUGAGCCGAAAAUCAGCACAGCACUUGGUGGUGAGUGGCGUGGACGACCGUGUCCUUGACGGGCUCACCCGAACCAGAUACUGUGCUGCUUUGGAAUGCCAAGGCACGUCGUGAUGUGUGAUUGGCAACCGUUACAAAAGGAUGAAAAGUGAAAAUCUGAUGAUCAACAUUAUCGUGCUCUAAGGCAAUCAACAAAAAUUACAACAACAAUAAACGCAGCGGUGAUUGUUGGUGUGGGUGGGGGACGAAACUGUUGCUGACCAAGCCACCCAGCAACAGAACUUACCACUUGGUUGACAAUGACAUUGUUGGCAAGUUGGAUGCUGCAGAAUUUCCUGAUGACUGCCACAAUAAGAACAAUGUUGAAUCUGCAAUUGCAACUGUCACAUCUGCUGCAACUGAAAGUGAGAACGCCAAUGCCGCUGGGACAUGAAGCAACGACCGAAGGGCCGAACGAUAAAUUGCUGACCCAAAAUCCACUCAAUGCCAUUUUCACUACUGAAGACAACAACAAAAACAGCAAUAAAAGCAAUUUUCAACCAGCAACAAAAACAACCACUGAAUUCGGCAUUGUCAGCGAGGAAAGAGGAAAAGGCAAGUAAAUUGCGGAAAAAUUGGAAACAGAGAGUUAGUAGACAGAAGAAAUCUAGCAAUUCUACAAAUAUCCAGUAAAUUUAAGGUAGAUAAAUUACAGCUACAUGGCAAUUAAACCUGCAGUCAAUCGAGGCGUAGAACAGUAGUGAGACGAAUACCAAAGUCCAAAAAAGGAAUUAUAAAGAAUACACCAAUAACAUUCUCCUAAAUAUAAACGCCCACAAUUCCAUGCACCAACACAGUCACGGACAACGAUCCAUGAGAACCGGACCAAUAAAACCGCUAAACGCCACAGCUCCACUAUCAGUGACAGUUUCGACCACUAAGUCAACGGCAAAGCGGAACUGAAGCGUUAGCACGAGGUAUAAACGGCCUCUGCGAGACGCACGAUGUGCACAAACACUGCAGCUAAGCCGGCGGUUAGCAGCAGUACCAGCAGAGGUUACAACAAAGAAAUCAACAACAACAAUGCCAACUACACCUGCAGUGGUAGUCGACGCAAUAGCGUAGCGACCACAAUCGCAGCCAGCUUGGCUGUCAUCACUUGCCUCGGCCAUCCGGCCGCAACGCAAGACUUCACAGUCCCAACGACGUCGAGUGCAGCGCCCACUCACCGGGCGACCCGGAAUAUCAGCGAUUACGCGACGACCGAGGCAUCAGCAACCGCUGUGAUUGCGGCAGCAGCGGCAACAGCUCACACAGCAAUCGCGACUAACUUCGAGCCGACGUCCAUUGCAAUAACAACGACAACAGCGUCCGCCAGCACGCCAACCGACACGGAUGCAUCCUCGCCGACGACCGUCAAAAGAAACGCGAUAUAUAACGGCGACAAUGCUUAUGUGGCUGCAGCGACGAUAACAACAACGGCUACAGUGCUGGCCACCACCCUCGGCGAAGCAGAAGCGACUUUCAAUGCAUUGAUGUUCAACGACUCGUUCACGGAGAGUUACAAUGGCAGCCUGUAUGACAGCAACAAAACCAACGACAGCGUCAACUUAACGGUACUCAACAUCAGCGAUAUCGUCGCGCAAAACAACAGGGAUAAAUGGCUGAGUCUGUCGAUAUUCAUUGUGAAAGGUUUCAUAUUUGCUCUGAUUAUCUCGGCAGCGGUGCUGGGCAAUGCCUUGGUCAUCAUUUCAGUGCGCCGCAAUCGCAAAUUACGCGUUAUCACGAAUUAUUUCGUCGUCUCGUUGGCCAUGGCGGACAUGUUGGUGGCGUUGUGUGCGAUGACAUUUAACGCGACGGUCGAGCUGUCCGAUGGCAAAUGGAUGUUCGGCCGCUUCAUGUGCAAUGUGUACAACAGCCUGGACGUGUACUUCUCCACAGCGAGCAUUUUGCAUUUGUGCUGUAUCUCCGUUGAUCGAUAUUUCGCCAUUGUCCGCCCACUCGAGUACCCACUGUACAUGACGACCCACACUGUUUACUUUAUGCUCGCGAAUGUUUGGAUACUGCCGGCGCUCAUAUCGUUCACCCCCAUCUUCCUGGGCUGGUAUACCACAGCGGAGCACCAGCACGAAAUCUUAUUGCAUCCGGAUCAGUGCUCGUUUGUGGUCAACAAGGCGUACGCAAUCAUUUCGAGUUCGGUCAGCUUCUGGAUACCGGGCAUCGUGAUGCUCUGCAUGUAUUGGCGCAUCUACAAAGAAGCGGUGCGACAACGUAAAGCACUGAGUCGUACCAGCUCGAACAUUUUGUUAAACAGCGUACACAUGGGCCACACUCAGCAUUCGACUAACCUCAAUUAUUUGCACCCAAGCGAUUGCGAACUGAGCGCCACGAUAGCGCGCGAGGAAACACAUAGCGCGAUCAGCAAUUUAGAGGACAUACUGCCACAAACCACAGAUGAGGACGAUGAGAAAGAUGACUGUGAUGAAUUGCGAGUGCCAGCUCCGCCACGUCGCCUCAGCCGCAGCAGCAUCGAUUUACGGGACUUGGAGCAGGAACGGUACGAGCGGGUCACGCACACCGACAGCGCACCAUCUAUGAUCGCACUACAUCAUGCGGCACAACAGCAACAAAAUGGUGAGGGUACUACCCUUAAUCCUCAUAUUUGGACAGAGGGACUAGCAGAGCUGCAACAAUCCAUUUACAUUACGAAAAGAUCCGCAUCUCCAAUUAACUCCAAUCAGAAUUCGCCGAAGGAAUCGCCCAGCCACAGACAAAGUUCCGGCAGUAAGCUACAGGUGAGACAAAAUGUGGGUGAUUCGGAGCAAUACCAACAGAUAUUUGGCAUGAUGAGCGAUGAUAGUGAGACCACCGACAAUUGCGAUAAUAUUAUACAUUUGGGCGUGAAGCAGCAGCAGUUACAAGCGCCAGCAACGUGCUUGCCAAUCGCGGAGGACAACAAAGAACUGAAGCGUCUCAUCGAAGACAGUUAUUUGUAUUUUAAAAAACAAGCGAACAUGCAAGUCGGUGCUGAACCUAGUGAACAACAACAGAUUCCUGGAAACCGAAAAUUCCCGGCACAUAGCGAAAGUGAUUUCAUUAAGAUGAAGAACGGUCGCAAUCGCAGUCGUAGCAGUGGCAGUAGUGAAGGUAACGCCAAAAAACCAUUUGCACUAAGCGAUUCGGAGUUCCUCAAAACGUUGGCUGACUCCGCAAAUAAGCGAAAACAGCUGGAAUCACUCACAGAAGGUGUUGUGAAAGAAGGUAAAGAGAAGGGGAAAGACAAGGGCUUCACAUUUAAAGGUCUGUUGGCGAAAACGAAGCGAUCAAGCACGGAGUGUUUUUCUAUCGAAAAGAAGCGUCACCAGGCCACUUCCGAGGAGAUACGCAGCAAUCGUGCACAACUCUUUCGACGGUCACGUAAUCGCAAGUUAUCACAUAGUUAUAACGGUGGCAUGAGCCGUAAACAGGAGGUGCGUUCUCGCCAACCCAGUGAUACGGACUCAGAGGCAGGCUUCAUCUAUUACUCGUACACUAUGGGAGAGAGUCAAGAGAGUUCAGCUACACGCUACAACACUCCUGAUAUUUUACUCGAUAUCAAUGUGUUGAACGAACAAACUGAUGACUCUAUGAAGGACAAUGCUUCAGUUAGAACCCACGAAUUCGAGAUAACCACUUCUCCGCACGGACACAAUGGUUCGGUGCAACUUAUUGACUUGGGAGAUUCUCACGAAGUAGCGUACAGUGGCUCGGAUGAUUUCUCGCAGUACACCGAUUGUCUUACUGAAUCACCACACAUACCAGCCACGCCACCACCAUCAUUAUCACCUUCCUCACUAACUGAAGCUAUAGUUCCUGAACAACCCAUUAAAUGCGCCAUUGAACUGCCGGAGAAAAGCAAUAUUCUCAUUACCUCGCGCACCGACCUCGUCGAGCUCUUCCGCUCUCUUAGUUUUCCCAUCGCAGAGCUGGGGACCACCGCCAUCGAUUCACCACAUCGAAAGUUCCUUUCGUCGUCCAACUCCACUGAGUCCAAGUCAGGCAAGUCAGCAAACCAAAUUAAACAGCGUCUCAGCACGCUCAGUGACCAGGUGUUGGUGACAAAGAACAGCGCUAAUUUUCUCAUGUCCCCACCGGCAACACCAAACUUCAAUUCCGCACAAAAUCUACCCACAACAAAGGCAAAUGCCUUCCCAAGCGCACUAAGCAACACGGUAAAUGUCUACUUUCUCUCUCCACCACCGACAGCAACAUUGCAAUCAUUCCCGAAUAACUCGCCAACAAGCAAUCCCUUCACCAGUGACACGGCCACAUUAUCCUUGGACGUACUCACCUCAUUGCCAGUGCCGACGUCGCAGAGUCAACAAGCCUUGGCCGUGCACGCAACAGCACCGCAAGUGUCGCAAUGCAAGUCGCCAAAACCAGAAAUCAUACUCGACUCUACACUCUCGCCCACUUCGUUGCACAGCGGCAGUAAUGGCGACAUCGACGGCGGUGAUGGUGGUCUCCUCACCGGCGAUGAGAAAGACUUGACUUCACCGUUAUUCAAACGUCACGACAGCGAGCCAGAAACCACAUCCACAACAACAGCGGCGGCAGGACGUCACCGUGCCAGCAUACUGGCAGGAGGCGGAGCUUAUAACGGCAACAACGGUCAAUCGAUACGCAAACGUCAGGCCUCGGUGGUGACGUAUGAUGUCAAUGUCAUUAAUUUUUCACAGGACAAUAGCGAUAGCCGCAGCUACAUACCAAUGGGUCGAGUAUCGACCAGUUCAGCAAAGGCCCAGCGGCCAACAGAGGUCGACUUCUCACAGAAGUCAUCACUUAAACGACGCGGCGGUAUUUGCAUAUUUGUCGAUGAGGAAGAGGCCAUUAAUAUGAUUGAACAAAAGACUGGCAGCGGCAGCCAAACCAAAUGCAUCACUUUCGACACGGUGAACGUCGGCUAUGAGAGCACCGAUAUGGCCAAUGCGAGAGUCAAUAAGGCGGCUGUCAAGUGCCAAUUAUGCGGCGCCAAUAUGAGGCCGCAAUUGCGUUUACCCAGCGUGCCCGGCGGUCAGGGACAGGGUCACAGUCGAAGCGACAAACGGUUUUGGCACACGAAUCGUUGGUGGCACAAACGGAAGAAGCGCCAGCAAAGAACCGAGGAAUGCCAGUGCGGCGCUACCGGCGGCUCAGUGCGACCGACGAAAGGCUGGAAGGCUGAGCAUAAAGCGGCACGGACUUUGGGCAUCAUAAUGGGCGUGUUUUUGCUCUGCUGGCUGCCUUUCUUCCUGUGGUAUGUAAUAACUUCGCUGUGUGGCGCUGCCUGCCCCUGUCCGGAUGUGGUCGUCGUGGUUCUAUUCUGGAUCGGCUACUUUAACUCCACCCUCAACCCCCUGAUCUACGCCUAUUUCAACCGGGACUUUCGCGAAGCUUUCCGCAACACUCUCGAAUGUGUGAUACCGUGUUUGCGCAAGCGCAACCCCUACGACGCCUACUACGUGUAGUAUGCCAGUGUUGGUAGUGCGCUUGCAACAAAGUAGUCAGUUUGUGUUCCUCCUCCAUGAUACACACCACCAGCAUACAUAUGGAUGUGUGUACCAUGGGAAAGCAUUAGCAGCUCGUGCUUCUUUCUACAUACCUUACUCAGCAAACAAAACAAACUUCAAACAGUUUAUGUGAUAUGAAUUUGUAGGUUAAAUUAGAAAAGAAAUAUCAUUAUGUGUGUGUGGCCAUACAAACGGCAAAAUAUACCAUUGGACGUUGAAAAACCACAUACAUAUGUACUCAAAUAUAAGUAUAUUUAGCUAAUUAUGUAUUUGAAGUUGGGCAAACUUUUGCGCUCGCAAGAGUAGAUAGCAUCACCUCAUACCACUAACUCGUAGUUAUAGAUAAAUAUUGAAUUUAGUAUUAAAAUGUGCGUACUUACUUACAAACAUACUCGUGCAUAUGUGUUAACUUGAUGUACAUACAUACAUAAGUAGUUAUGCGAUGUGUUAGUUAUUUAGUUAUGUAGUCGAAAAGCAAUACUUGUAAAAUAUCUAUCCAAGCGGAUCUUGUUCAAAUGCCAUAUGUAAUGCUAUGGUCAUUGGUUUAGUCAUAAAGUAUAUAGUUUAGUUGAAUUAUAUAAAAAAUGAUGAUGAUGAACUAGGUUAAGUUGAAUGAGCAAUAGAUCCGCCAAGAGAAAAGGGACAGUAUAUAGUUAGAUGAAACGAAACUGCUUUGAUUGCUGUUUCGAUUUUGCAGUGUAUUAUGGCGUUCGGGUACUUGUUUUUUGUCCAAUUCUAUCGUCUAUCAGUUUCGAACUACAAAAUAUUGAAUUUUCCAUUAACCAGCCUACCUACAUAUCCUGUAAUUUUAAUCUUAAAUAACCUCGAUGAACCCAGUGGAAGGUUCGCUGGGAUUCGGUCAACUAAGUGCUGAAAGCGCUUAGAAGAUUUUGAGAAAAAAUGUUUUUUUUUCUAAUCCCACUAAUCUACUCACAUCAAUAGUUAAAUACACCUACAGUAAAAUGUACCGUUAUUUUCAUAUAUUAUUAUUCAUUUCCGUUUCCUGUUUUUCUAACUAGUUUACUGUUACUUCCCUGAGUAGCGCACAUGUUCUGGGAAUUGUAAAUAAAUAAGUAAAUGGAUAUAAAAAUCUGCUGAAUGUUGGUAGUUAAAUAUUAAAUGUCUUAUACCAAGUUACAAACUAAAUAAUAUUAAAUGUCCCGCAAUGAGUUGAUGGCAUUAGAGUAAAACCAAAGUUGCUUAUAAAUAUUAAGUGAAUGUGUUAGAAAUAUUACUGUUUACAUGUGUUUCGAUAUAUCUGCAUACUCGUAAAUAAAUAAAUACUAUAAAUAAACCGCCAGAUAGACCAAACAAUUAUUUAUAACAGUAAAUAAGCAAAAUAAAAACAAAAACAAAAACAAAAAAAUUUAACUGCGGCAGCGCAUAAACGUAAACGAUUGCAUAAUUGAAUAUUAUUUUCAUGUAAAUUUAAGUUUACGCGUAAGAGCAGCUUGAAUAAGCAGUCGAAAACAAUUAGAUUCUUAAGUGUUGAGAAUCUUAGAAAAUCAAGCAUAAAGACAAUCCUCAAACACGGCAAAACUACUGAUGAGGUAAUAUUGAAUAUUUUAAUGUGUAUAAGUGUGUGUGUAUGUGUUUUACUAACUGACGUAAGGACAUAGCAGCGAGCAGCAAACAUUAGAAUUUAAAUGAAGAAUAGCUUAGCCAUUUUACUUUCUCAAUUCUGACAAUUUCAUAAAU